AUGAAGACAAUCAUCGCGAUCACUUUGGUCUUGCUUGGAGCAAACCAAAUCCACGCUACUAUUAUCGAUAAGUGUUGGACAGAGGAAGAAAUGAUCAGAAAAACCUACGUGGAUAAAAGGAAUGAGGCCCGUCAAAAUACGGCUAGAAUUUUUCAGAUAGCUAAUAUGCAUGCUAUGAAGUACGACGAUGGACUCGCAAAAAGAGCUAGGAAAACGAUAAAAUCGUGUGCAGACUUAAAGAACGGCCCGGACUAUCAGCUCUUUACACUCGGACGAGAAGAAAGCAAUAAAGUUUGGAAGGAAUAUAGGAAAAAAAAUUUGAAUAUAACGGAAGAUAUAGCAAACCCAAUCGAAGGGGAACAUCCUCUCCAAACAGCUUACGCUAAAUGCAACUUGACUGUUACGUGUACCAUGAAUAUUUAUUAUAUGGGUCGAUAUAAACCCCACAAUAGAUCGGAAAUUACAUUGUACGCUUAUAAAGGCACACUCACUCUGGAUGAUAUCAAGUUUGGACCAGCCGGAUCACAGUGUCCCCAUGGAGUAACUGAUAAAAACUUGUGCAUCGCUCCGCCAAGAGCUAAAGAAGAGAAUGAUUCUGAAUCUGGAGAAGAUGGUGAGGGAGGUGAAGGAAUCGGAGGCAAGAACAUGGCGACGAUGGUUGCAGUGAACUCGAUUUUUGUGUACUUGUCGAUAUGGCUAGUUUUCUAG